AAACUUGCCGCAGUUGGGUCUUCAGUGGUGGUGAGACUCGAUGUCGUUAACGGAUGAGAUCAAGUUGGCGAGCCAGCUGACGGCGACGACGUCCGAGAUCCCGUUUGACUUGUCCGAUGCCAUCGAGAAGCGCGAUCCGACGUCACUGAGCGAUGCCAUCUCGGCUAACUACGUGAAUGACGAGACGGACGACGAGCACCAAUGGGGCCAGACCAUUCUGUUCCUCGAGGAAGCGUUGGCGAUUGCCAAGCACAAGCACGAAGCCGCGGCGCGAUCCAAGGGAGCCGACAUCAGCAACUCGGCUUUGGUCACGCUGAACAAGGUGCCGUCGAUUGUGCCCAAAGGCAAGGCCCUCGACAUCGUGUUUGGCGAAGCCGACCUGGUGAUCCAAGGCAAGGAUUUCAACAUUUCAACGCCGUACACCAACAUUGACGUCGUGCUCAAGCUACCUCAAUACGAAGCGGUGGCCAAGCUCACAGUGCACACGUACCAGUUUGUGCUGCGCCUGAAAACCCCGCUAACUCAUCGCAAGAACCGCUUGUCGUACUUGUCGUUUGUGAUCGGCAGUUUUGCCCAACAGAGCGACGCGAACGUGGUUUUCCACGGCGACGAGGCCAAAGAGGACUUUGCCGACAAGAAGCUCCACCAGGUGGCCGAGAUGCUGCUGCAGUCGCUCACGUCCACGACGGUGAUCAAAACGUAUCCGGAACUCGGCGGCAAGCGGUACGUGAGCACGACGGGCGCGCCGUUCGUCAAGUGUUACCGGCGCACCACACCCGGCAUCCUCUUCUUCCUCCCCCAGGGGCUGUGCUUUGUGAACCCGCCCGUGUUUCUCAGCCGGCAAGAGAUCGACUCGAUCUCGUGGAGCCGCGAGACGUCGGAAGCUCUGCGGACGUUCGACGUGACUGUGGAAAUGGUCGACGGCCAACGGUACGAGUUUUCGAUGCUCGAAAAGGAAGAAAUCCCAAGCAUCACUGAGUUUGUGGGAUUUUUCAAAACGUUGCGCGACGAAGACGAUGGGAUUGCACCUGAAGACAAUGACGAUGACGAUGACGAGGUUGCCCCUAAAGAGGAAGAAGAAGAAGAAACGAAAGAUGACGACAGCGAGGACGAAAACGGUGACGAAAACGAACCACCGAAAAAAAAGGCCAAAACUGGUGCGACAAAGGGCAAAUUGAGCAUAAAGUCCAAAAAGCAGCCUGCCAAAGCGAAACCGGUUCAAGUUGACGAUGACGACGAAGAUGCUGACUCGAAUUACGAGCAAGAUGACGACGACGACGGGGAAAGCGAAGAAGAUGAGUGGGCAGGGAGCGAAAGCUGCAGCGACCAAGCGAUGGACAGCGACGACGACGACGGUGGCAACAACGAUGCCGGAAGCGACGACGACUCGGAUUAAAACGGAAUGACAAAGUACAUGUAAAUGUGGUGCUCGACGGACGAUGCAAAAUGGUAGGGCAAUCUCGUGACGUGGCGCGAUGCUGUGCCUGGCCGAGUGCUAUCUAUGGGUUUAGUUGUGACUUGCAAUUGAC